AUGAGGGAUGCUAGGGUUUUGGAUGGUCUGAAUACUAGGGUUUUGGGGGUGACUGAUCGUGAUGCUACGAUGGAGGAGGUUGGGGAGAAGAGUAGGCCGCCUGGAGACCCGCCGGAUGCUCCGGGGUCAUGGGCGCAGAAGGUGAAAGGAAGUCAUGGUGGAGGGAUGAGGAUGCCGGAGGAGGUUUUGGAUGCGGCGUUUGUGAAAUCAAGAGUUCGGUUGGAGUUCCCUAAUGGGGAAGAUGGGGAACCGUUUAUAACCAUAGGUGCUGAGAUUAUAGAGGCGAUGCAUGGGCUAUGGAAGAACUGCAUGGUUGUGAAGGUUUUGGGACGCAAUAUAACAAUAGCGGUGCUCAGUCGACGGCUUAGGGAUAUGUGGAAUCCAAGCCGUGACAUGUUUGUUCUCGAUUUACCUAGACAGUUUUUCAUGGUUCGCUUUGAGUCGGAGGAGGAGUACAUGGCAGCUUUAACAGGGGGACCGUGGAAAAUUUUUGGUAGCUAUCUAAUGGCUCAAGCUUGGUCGCCAGAUUUUGAUCCGAUAAGGGAUGAGAUAACGACUACGCCAGUGUGGGUUAGGUUAUCGAAUAUCCCGGUUACGUUUUACCAUACCUCAAUCCUUGAGGAGAUAGCAAGAGGGCUGGGGAAACCGCUUAAGGUCGACCUUACUACGACGAAGCUGGAGAGGGCGCGUUUUGCUCGAGUUUGUGUGGAAGUUAAUCUAAAGAAACCAUUAAAAGGGACAGUGAUGAUUAAUGGUGAACGGUAUUAUGUAUCGUACGAAGGGAUAUCAACAAUCUGCUCUCAUUGUGGCUUGUAUGGGCACUUAGUGCAUUCCUGCCCUAAAGUUGCUCAAGUCAGAGAACAUGAUCGGGGCAUCGCAUGUGAACAGGGACAUACGAGUGGUCUGAAUAACACCGUUGUCACAGCCUUACCGAGGAUGGAACCAAUAAUGAGUCGGAGUGAGAGUGUUCCUACUAAGGAUGGCUUUAUUCCGGCAAGACGAGGAGGUCGGAGACCGGAGGUUCAGAGUAGAGGUACUGGGGCGUUAGGAGCAGGAGAUCGUAUCAUUAUUGGACCGAAUAUUCACACCUCGCAGGUUAGGAAAGAAAAUCGUGAAAUUCAGAUUUCGAACAGCUUUGGAGGAUUGGAAUUAGAGCAAGAGAUCUCAGAAAUCACGGAGGAAGUGAGGAUGGUGGAGGCGAAUAAGGAAAAUGUUGAUCCCUCACUUUCCUUGCGCCAAGAUAAGAGUGGGGUACAAAGCAAGAGCAUGGUGUUUGGGUCGCGGAAUAAUGAGAAAAUGGGCUAUAAAGAAAAGCGGCCAGGCUUCGUUAAAGCCCAUGAUAAACAAAAGAUGAAGCAGGCCUUGACUAGAAGUAUCACGAGGGGAUUGGUGUUUGGCCCAAUAAGGGGAGAGACUGGCUUUUCGUUAACUGGGAAACGUCUGCGUCUCGAGAACAAAAUGCCACAUCACGAGUAUUCCCGCUUGCUUGGCGAUGGUGUUAUCAUGGGUUCAGGGUCUCAGAACAAGGGGAAUGAACUUCAAAACUCUACUGUUGGAGUGCGUGAAAGCUCAAUGGAGCUGGGAAUGGAUGGGAGCUUGACAAAAUAA